UUCCAGGCAUUGCGCUGCCAACACACCAUAUCAAAUAUGACCAUCAUUCAGCACACUUUAUCUAUAAUAUGACCGUUUCUUGGUCAUGUAGAUUUGCUUGAAUGACCUUCUCUAUCCUUUUAAUGGCGAUGGUUUUCCUUUAACGUUACCUUUUAUCCCGUUUCGUUUCUUUUGGGAACUCUGGGUGACACGGUGGCGUGUGUGGAUUGCUAUAAAUCGUCCAUACUGUACCGUUUGGUAUGUUGUCGAACAUGGCCCACAGCAAAGAAACAGAAGCCGAACCUCGACUGUUCGCUUUCGCCCGAGUAGCUUCCGCAGUGUUGACACACUUCCUCGGCAUAAGCCUCACGGGCUUCGUCGCUCUUCUAGCGCGACCUGGUACAAGUUGGUUUUCCUGGCAUCCUUUUCUCAUGACACUAGCAUUCUCCUUCUUCAUGACUGAAGCCAUCCUCCUCUUCUCACCCCACGGCUCCCCCAUGAGGAGGUUUUCCUACAAAGUGAAACGUCGCGUGCACUGGAUGCUGCAAUGCGCCUGCGUGACGUGUGCCGCGCUCGGCCUGGCAGCCAUCUUUUACAACAAACACCUGCACGGCAAGCCUCACUUCACCUCCUGGCACGGCCUGCUGGGCGUGAUCACGGUGUGCGUGGUGGCGGUCCAGUCGCUGGCCGCCGUGCCCCUCAUCUACCACUCUUUGGUCAAAGGCUGGUCGCUGGCUAAGUUCAAGAGGUACCACGCGACGUCAGGGCUUGUCACCUACCUGUUUGGCAGCGUCAGCCUGCUCCUCGGCUUGACUUCUGGGUGGUUCACCAAGUCGGUUGGUGAUGCCACUUGGUACCUGGCGGCACUUUGUCCUAUUCUUUGUGCCCUCAUCAUCAUGAAUCAAGUCACCAGUGCUUACGUGGCAAAGAAACGUUUCCAGUCCUAAUCGGUGGUGAGAAGUAAUGAACUCCCAAUACAUAUCUUUGUUCAUGUGCUUAAAUUGAUUUUAUUCUCAUGUUAAGUUAUCAAAACGGGUAUUCGAUGUAAUUGACUUUAACAAUUUCAUUUUUUUGUACUUGCGCGUUUUUCAGAGUGUACUUUUU